UCCUGGUUGAGGCGGGAUCCGCUGAUGGGAACUGAGUCAGAACUUCCCGGAUUGUCCGCCAUAAAUCCAGUCAGGAGAAGAAUAUUCCUGGGUCACGUUACUGGCCCGAACCGGUGCGGGAAGGCCAAGGUUCGGGAACCUAACGAGUCGCUGUGGGUCGCGGGUUUUCUCGCGGGAUUAUUCUUUGGACCAAAGUGGGAAAAGUUCUGGUUCCUACUGGUUCCGACUGUAGACGGACCGAAGGCUCAGCAGGAAAGUUCUGAUGGUUCUGAUCCAACUUCAGGUUAUAUUCUGGUUCCGGUCCAGGCCAGGCUCCUGCGAACUCUGAGGCAGCCAUGCCGGUCCUGAUGGGUCCCGGGGGGAGCCCGGCGGCGCUGCAGGUCGACCCGGCCGACCUCCCGGCUCUGGAGAUCAAACUGGUGGCGCUGGUGGUUCUGCUGUCCGUCACGCUGCUGUUCGGGUUCGUCCCGCUCUGCGUCGUCAGGGCAGCGCUGUUGCGGCACAGACCCAGGUACCGGCCCGGUUCUGCUCCGUCUGGAAGCGCCGGCCGCCUGCUGGCCCUGAUCAGCUGUUUCUCUGGAGGCGUCUUCAUGGCCACCUGCCUGCUGGACCUGCUGCCCGACUUCCUGCAGAGCAUCGGCGAGGCGUUCAGGGACGCUGGAUCAAAUGGUUCCCAGUUGUUCCCACUCCAGUUCCCUCUGCCGGAGUUCAUCGUGGCCAUGGGUUUCUUCCUGGUUCUGGUUCUGGAGCAGAUCGUCCUGGCCUUCAGCGACCCGUCUCCGGCCCAGCUGGAGGAGCGCCGGGCCCUGAUGGCGGACUCCGGCGCCCAGGCGGCCGACGGCGGCCCGGCCCGGCGGCGGCGUGGCUCCGUGGAGCCGGCGGGGCCCCUGCAUGCGACCCCGGGCUCCCAGUCGGCGCUGCGGGCCUUCGUGCUGGUGUUCUCGCUGUCGCUGCACUCGGUGCUGGAGGGGCUGGCGGUGGGGCUGCUGCCGCGCGGCCAGGAAGUGCUGGAGGUCUGCCUGGCGCUGCUCAUCCAUAAGAGCGUCAUCGCGUUCUCGCUCAGCGCGGCGCUGUCCCAGGCCCGGCUGCGGCGCGCCGUGGUGUCCGGCGGCCUGCUGGCCUUCGCCAUCAUGUCGCCGCUGGGCAUCGCGCUGGGCGUGGGGCUCACGGAGAGCCGCAUGUCGCCGCAGCACCGGCUGGCGCGCAGCACGCUGCAGGGUCUGGCGGCCGGCACCUUCCUCUACAUCACCUUCAUGGAGAUCCUGCCGCACGAGCUGGCCGCCGGCCGCGGCCGCAUCCCCAAGGUGGCCAUGACUGCUGGCUUCGCCGCCGUCACCGGAGUCCUCUUCAUCAAGCUGUGACCAUGGCGACGGGGAGAGCCAGAACCUUCUGACGGAAGAGGCAUCUGUCCGUGACACAGGAUCUUUGUUUUUGUAUUUUAUCACAAUGACAGACAGAUCAAUCACAAACA